AUGUCGACCACUAGGCGUAUCGUUGCCUGUGCCAACUGUCGCUCAGCAAGGAGAAAAUGCACAGGACCAGCAGUUGACAUGUCGUGUGGUACUUGUCUUGAAAGGGACGUGCCCUGCAAAGGAUCUGUGCCUACAGGCCAAAAGAAAAGGAACACGAACGAAUACCAAACAAAGUAUGAAGAUAAGGCAAUCCAGGUUCCAGAUCCCCCGACGACGAACGAUCCAAUUCAUUCAAAAGACAAGUACAGCAAUGCUAUACCUGCUUAUGACGAGCAAGAUUUAUCUCUAACCAACGGUCCAAUCUUAAACCAGCAUAAAGUAUCUGGAGAGUUUCACUAUAAUAGUCACUCUGACAAAGGGCGUGCUGUCCUUCAAGGGUCUGUUGCAGAACGAACUGGAGCAUUCGAGUCCUGGCCAGCUCAACAUGAUCAUCCGUUCAUUGCCCACAACCUCCCACGUUACCAGGCUACUCAAGAGGACUAUCGAGGUGAUUUUGUUCAGGGUUCUUCUACCGGCACGUUCACUACGAACUUCGAAGUUUCGCCCAUGUUCAAUUUUCUGGGAAACGACUACACUCGCCAACAGUGA